GAACAGUAGAAACAGUUACAGAGAAGAGCUGAAAGUAUAUCAGAUUUUGAAUUCAUAUAUUCAUCUACAAUCAAUAUUUUGGAUAAUUUAUUUCAACCACAGUCUCGUACUUCCAAAAUCAUACUUUUUUUUUUUCAAAAUGGCCACUUUAACAUCUGUUGUAAAAGUUACUGAUUUUAUAUUAAAGACUCCAGUUUUAGCCAAAGCUUUUGUUCCACUAGGCAAACUAUUCUGUGAAUACGCAGGAUACCGUCAAAUGGGUCUUAGAUUCGAUGAUUUAAUUGCUGAAGAAUCAGAUGUUAUGCAAACUGCAAUUAGAAGAUUACCACCAUCAGAGAGUUAUGCUAGAAAUUUCAGAAUGUUAACUGCUCAUCAAUGUUCUUUCACACAUCAUCUAUUGCCAGCUAGCAAGCAAUUAAAGGCAGAGGAUGAUAUUCCUUACUUAACUCCAUAUAUUUUGGAAGCUGAAGCUGAAGCUGCGGAAAGAGAAUUGUUGGACAACAUUGUCGUCACUCCAAAAGCUGCCAAAUAAACCAGAUAGAACCUCAAUUCAUAUUCUAUAUAUACAAUACUUGUCCCUACUUUUCACUACUUUUCACUACUUUUCACUACUUUAUGGAUAUAACUAAUAUUACGCUUUUCUCAAGCAGUGCUCAGACAAUAACAGUAGUCAAAUUGAAGUACAUUAAACAGCAAUAAAGUAAACAGUAAUAAAGUAAAUUAGUAAAGUAAAAUAGUAAGACAAAUCAAGGCAAAUUAGGAAAGGACA